AUGGAUGUGGGAUUCAAUAAUGGUGAUAUAAAAUUGAACAGUAACAACAAUGUUUACUAUUCUGGUCAAACCAUCACUGGAGACAUCACCUUCAGAUUAUUAGAUCUUGAAAGAAUUACAGGUUUAAAUAUACAAUAUCUUGGUACGGCCAAGGUGCUUUGGACUGAGAUAGAAACAGAAAAACGGAAUGGGACCAAAUUCAAGAAUAAGGUGGAGUAUAAGUCACAGGAGCAGUACUUCAACAAAAUUGAGUGUCUAGUGGGUGGACAAGGUGUAACGGAGCUAAAGUCGGGGCAGCACUCCAUUGCCUUUGAGUUCCAGAUACCGGCGACUGUCCCAUCAUCUUUUAGAUCUGACAAGGGCGAAAUUAUUUAUGAGAUCAGGGCAUAUCUGGAGUUCCCUGAUGUCACUAAGGCGAGAGGAGAACUUGUGAAAAUAUUCGAAGUGGUGGCGCCGUUCGAUUUGAAUAAAGAGGAUCCACGUAUAAAUCAACCUUUGAAGAUUUUCUUCGAGGAAGAGUACGGCUGCGACUGCUUAUUUAAGCCAGGCGUGCUCGCCGUGGAAGCGGAGGCUGCGGCGGCGGCCGCCUGCCCCGGACAAUGUCUGCCCGUACAAGUUCGAGCAAAGAAUGACGCGAAUUUUGAAAUACGAUAUGUUCGUCUGCAACUGUUAUCGAAGCAGCGGUUCCGCAGCCAAUACCCAAUAGCCGAAUCGUCUAACCCUGACGAAGAACUGGCGUCAGUGAAGACUGGCCCCGUGAUGACCGGAGUGAAGAGGAACUACCAGCUGUGUCUGCAGAUGCCGGACAUUAUAGCACCGAACCUGACCAAUUGCUCCAUUAUACAUGUGGAGUAUACUCUCCAGGUGACCGUUAAGUUGUCGGGUUUGCACAGUGACCUCAUCGACAGUUCUCCGUUCUUCAUCGGGCUGAAGCCUUUCAGCGACUUCGGGAAAGGCCCCUAUGUUCACCCUAUGGCGCACAGCCUACCCUCUGGUCCUAUCCCAGACUAUGUUCCUUCCCAACCUACUACCAACCCUGUUCAAAGAAGUGAAAUAGGUUUUGUGGAAUCUAUACCCUCACCCGCAAUUUUAAACCAGAGCUUUGUGUCUCAACAACCCAAUUGCUCCCAAUACCCUGGAACUGGGUAUAAUUACAAUCAAUCGGGUUAUUCUCACCCUAAUCAACCGGUUCCUGGUUAUCCUAAUCCACCGAUUCCUGGUUAUCCUACUCAACCGGUUUCUGGCUAUCCUCAUCAACCAGUAUCUGGUUAUCCUAUCCAACCGGUUACUGUUUAUCCUGGCAACUAUCCUGUUAGGAGUCCUAAUUCCAGUGGAUAUUCACCUUCCGCGCCAUCGAUAUAA